AUGAAAAAACGAGAGGAUGAAAAGAGCUACAUUUGCAGGCUCAAUUUGACUGUUUUGCGAAACAAAGAAAAUCCGUUUUCAUACGAAGAGAACACAUUUAGGAAGUUCUUUCGAUUUCCCAAAUCCUUGUGCUGGGAACUCAUUCAUCAACUCAAGCCGUAUGACGAACAGCAAACAUCGAUUCCAUUUGAACUUCGUUUUAUUUCAGUUUUAUAUUUUUUAUUCAAUGGCUCAUAUCAGUGUUGCGUGGGAAAUGCAUAUUUUGCGGUGAUGAGCCAACCCACCAUUUCCCGUUGUAUCGAAUAUAUUUGUAAAUUGGUGGUGGAGCGUAAACACGGCGAAGUGCGUUUUCCUAAUUCUGUUGAAGAAUACAAUAGAAUUAAGACUGGAUUUUAUUCGAAAUUUGAAAUAAAGAGUGUAAUUGGAGCAAUUGAUUGCACUCAUGUUGGCAUAAUUGCACCUGCCUUGUCAAACACAGUUAUACCGCAAGAUUAUAUGAACAGAAAAGGUUAUUAUAGCAUUAAUGUUGGAGCGGUAAGUAAUAUAUUCAAUAAUUAA